CUUGCAAGUCGCCGUUAGCUCUGCUUGCUAACGUCAGCCAGAGCCACGUAGUUUAUUACACGCUUCUCGGAAGAUGUUCACAGUUUAGAUAAAUUAAAAAACAAGUAACGCUGGCCAUGGAUCGACACACGAGGAGGCUGACGAGUCAGCUGUGUAAAGCGGUGAAUGAAGGAGAUCCCAGAUCUGUUCAGCAACUCCUUUUACAAGGCGCAAACCCCAAUCUGGUGGGUACCAAAGGGGUAGCUGCUGUACACUUAUCUGUUGGCAAAGAAACUGAGAAGAACACGAGAUGCUUGAAAACCUUGCUGCAAUAUGGAGCUGACCCCAAUAUAAGGUCAUCAGAAGGCCUCACUCCUCUUCAUGUUGCUGCACUGUGGGGAUGUUAUCAAAAUCUCAAGCUGCUCUUGAUGAAUGGAGGGAAUCCAAAUAUCAAAGAUAAUGAAGGAAACACUCCACAGCAGCUUGCAGAGCAACAGGAAAAUCAAAAAUGUGCCCAUCUCCUUCAGGAAUACCAGGCUAGCCCAACAGACACUGAGGAGGAGGACAUACCUCAGUUCCAAUACUCUCUGUAUUCCGACCAGACAGACAUGUCCAGCUAUCCUGAAUCGGACUACAGCUUCAGUUCCCACACAUCCAUGAUAAGUGACUUUGGUGAAGCCCCACUGAGCAGCACAAGGCGCUCAUCAUUUUUUAACCUAUCUAACAUUAAUGGACGACUAAGUUGCAGAAGUGUAUCACAUCGCGGACCAUCUUAUCCUUCCAUACUUUCAAGCACUCGCAUGUCUGCGGUGGAGCCUGCAGCUGCAGAAGAUGGCAAUUGUACCGAUGAUACCACAUCGAAACGCGAGGAAUGUCCUGCUGCACCUGAUGGCAUAAUCCCCCCUUCCAACUUCCCUGCAGUUUCCUCCAUGCGAGCAAGUCGGAAGAGCGUGAGCUUCAGGGAUGACGUGGAUGAAUAUUACCCUGUUUUCAGCCCCGAAUCUCCCCAACAGAAUCCCGCUGUUGAUGGCUGCCAGCGCAGCUUACCUUUUGACAUAUCUGAGUAUUCUGAUUUCCUGGAUUCAGAACGCAUGGCUACUAUUUUAGACAGGCAGGGCAUUGACGCCACAUCACCGGAUCAUGUUUACAUUUUCUGCAGGGAAAGCACUGAGAGCACAGAAGAGGACUUGGAGAAAACAGUCCUUGUUCACUGUGCUUUGGAAGAAAGUGAUGAUGAACAGAAAACAGAGCGUGUAAAAGACAGUCAGGGGAACAGUGAUGAAAAGAAAGUACACUGCCAUGCCGGCGGCAGCAGCAGUGGAACUAGUAGUAGCCAUUAUAGUAGCUGUGAGAGUGACCAUUACACCAGUGCUCUGGAUGCCUCUGUAAACCCUGAAUGUCUUUCACUUAGUGCAGCAGAUGAUGUUUCUGCCAAGACUGCAUUAGACAGAAAGACUCUGAUUUCUACAAAUUCUGAUUGUGAACUUACAAACAUUCAUAUGGAAGCUAAUACCGAUUCCAAACCUCAAACGGUUGAGCGUUUAUCAGGUAUGCUUAAUAAACUGACCUUGUCUGGAGUAAAAAAUCCAAACAAUGAUAUAGUUCAGGGUUGUGGUGGUAAUGAUGUAACCAGUCCAAGUAAGGGCGAUGUUGUUGAGUUCGCAGCAGUAGAAGAAAAAAGUGAUCAUCCAUUCACACCCAGUCCUUUCGUAACAGGCAGGACACGCUCAAGAAUGAGCCGUUGCUCGUUGAGAACAAGCAGAACCCCCGAGAGCCUCUCCUCCACAUCUUCUUUGUUCGAAGAUACCCUGCCUACACCAGUUCGAACACGCCGCCAGACUCCCAGAUCUCCAACCAGUGAAGAGUUUUACAACUCACCACGCUCACCAUUCGGUGCACAGUGCUUUUCAGGCAGACGGCCAGACGGAGGGUGCCUGUCUGUGGACUGCCAAGAGACACAGUCCAGUACUGUCAGAGGCUCGAGUGUUAGUAACAGCCAAGCUGAUACGCUUCUCCUCUCUACAAGUGUGACAGACUCUGCUGUUCAGUCACAGACUUUGUGUGACACGUUUCUACUCGAGAGCAAUAAUGACAGUUCAGUCAGUGCUUAUGAGAGAAACCUUGCAGAGAUUGCUCUUGCUAUGCGGGAACAGAACUGUAAUCUCACUGAAGACGGGGAAUUUCUGACUGACGAUCUGACAAGUUCAGAUGAGACAACUGCAAAGAGAAAUGUAAACGAUACCCCUCAUGAGGAGCAGGCAGAAAGCCUAAACAAUGAGGAUGCCUGGAUAACUAGGGAUUGUAGCUCUCUGCCAGACUCUGUGUCGUCAUCAUCCACCUCCAGCUAUGGUUCUCCAAGGAGAUCCAAGGAAGACUCUGAUUUUCCCUGCACCCCAGGUACCGGCUGCACACCGAGGUACAGCAUGAGCAGGCUUUCAAGCUGCCGUAGGCCACAGCACCUGGCUAACUUGUCUUACACCCCUGGAGGGCGUCCACAUAUUCAGGAUGUGGACGAACCAGUAGAGUACCUGUACACAGAUACCGAACGCGGCCACAAACUGAUUGAGACCCAUGUCCCACCUACAGCAGACACCUCCCUCAGCUCCAGCGUGAGUACUACCAGCAGUGAGGAGACCAUACUUUAUGACUGGCGUUCUUUGCAUGCUGACAUGGUGGACAAAAUCAGAGGGUUAACUGACAAGGAGCUCAGAUCGAGGCUGGUGGAGCUGGGGGAAAGUCCAGGUCCCAUCAGCAGUCGUACAAGGCCCACCUACAUGCGAAGACUGUGCCGCCUGGUACAGGAGUCCAACUAUGCAGGUUACAGUCCAGAAUUGUGUAGGGUUCUGGAGACCUUUAAUCUUCCCAAUUGCCAGGCUGAUGAGCAGGCUUUGUGCCAGCAGUUUGACCAACCAGAUCAGAACAGGAAGUGGAGAGAGGGCGUCAUCAAGUCCAGUUUCAACUACCUGCUGCUUGAUCCAAGAGUGACAAAAAACCUUCCGUUUCGCAGUCACACCAUGACCCCAAAGGAGUGUUUCCAGACUUUUAUCCAUGCUAUAUUUUAUGUUGGCAAAGGAAAACGCUCCCGUCCCUACAGUCAUCUGUAUGAGGCUUUAGAAUACUUUAAAGGUGACAAAACCUCAAAGAAACUGUGCUCCAAAGUCCAGCACAUCCUUCAGGUGUGGAACACAGGGCAGGGUGUCAUCUCUCUGCAUUGUUUCCAAAAUGUUAUUCCUGUGGAAGCCUACACAAGAGAGGCCUGUAUGGUGGAGGCGAUUGGGUUGAAGAUGCUCACGAAUCAGAAGCGAGGGGAUUUCUAUGGCAUCGUGUCCAACUGGCAGACAAAGAAGAAACGGGAGCUCGGCAUCCACCUGCUGUACCGCGCCAUGCAGAUCUUCCUGGCUGAGGGUGAAAGACAGCUUAGACCAGCUGACAUCAGACAGUAGAGACACCCACUUGCAGAGGGGUAUGAACUGCUUAAACACCAGAAGGGAAAA